AUGAAGCUUGUAUGUUUUUUGUCCCUUACUUUGUUUAAUUGUGUUCAUUUGCAGACAAAUUUAUCAUGGAAUCCUCAAAAACCUUGUGCUCUACUUCAAUGGCCCGAUGUAACAAUUCUUCUUGACUGUUUGGUGGAUUUUUCUCCAUUUCUUCAUUAUCUUCCACAUGUUUAUCAGAGGUACUUAAUUUAUUUUUUUUGAAAUUUUUCUUUAAUUUGUUUCAGCUCGCGCCUGAAGGGACUUCCCCCUGUGAAAUACUUGAAUUUGCCUUAUGUUAAGGAACUAUGUGGAAAUAUUUAUAUUGAUGGACCUCCCGAAGUGCAUAUUGUUUCGGUAACAAUACAAAAGAGUUCAGAAAUUAAUUAAUAUGUAUAGACAUCAUCGCUAAAAAUGGAAAGCGUUGAUUGUAUUCUGGUGUCCAACUGGGAUUCUCUGGUUGCUCUGCCCUUUUACACAGAAAACACCGGUUUCCGUGGAUUAGUUUAUGCGACGGAUCCUGUUUUGCAAUUUGGAAGGUUCAUUUUUGCCUGUACAUAAGAUUUUCAAGUUUUUUUUCAGGCUUCUCAUUGAAGAGUUCGUAGAAUUUUUCGACCGUUUACCCCCAAACGCCGUGGACAACCGAUGGAAAAAGGCUAAUAUUUGCACGUUUGUUUCCCCGGUUUUUUCUUUCUCAUUUUCUGGCUCUAGAGAAUUUACAAAUCCGCCGAACAGAAAUCCGGACGAGUGGAGGAAAUUUUAUUCGAAGAAAGAUAUGGAAACCAGUUUGGCGCGAAUAGUUCCUCUCAGUUUCAAUCAGGAAGUGGUAGGUACAUGAUCACUAUAAUUCCUUCAUUCAUAAUUUGAGACUGUUUUCAAAACUUCGAUAACGGCAGUGAGGAGCGGACAUUCGAUAGGUUCUGCCAAUUGGUAUAUAUCUGGCGAUUCUCAGACGGUUUGUCAUAUCAUUUAUUUUUUUUUUAAAUUUUGGAGACUGUUCAGAUCGGUUACUUAACGUCAUCUUCAAUACAUUCUUCGCACACAAGAAUCGCCGAUUUCAAAAAGUUUGAAAAUUGUGAGAAUCUCUUCUUGACGUCGAUAUCCCACUUCCCUGACGAUCCACCGGAGGUUGAUGAAAUCGAUCGAUAGAUAAACCUCAGACUCGUCUAGAUGACAGUGGGAGCGCUUCUUAGGACCACUACCGAGACCCUGAAGCUCGGAGGAAAUGUUUUAUUCCCGAUGAGCUCCGUUGGGAUCAUUUUUGAUCUCAUCUCACAGAUCUCCAAAAUUAUCGAUACGACGGUGAGUGUUCUUUUUGAAGACAAAAAGAAGUUUUUUUCUCACAUUUUUUCAGCCCUAAGUGAGUUAAUAUGAGUUUUUUUCAGAACGGGAUCCCCGCAGACACGCCCAUUUAUUUCAUCAGUCCGAAUGCAAAAAGCGCCCUCGCCUAUUCAAACGUAAAUGCAGAAUGGCUUUCCGAACAGCGGCAGCAACUUGUCUACACUCCAGAAGAGCCAUUUUCUCACUCCAUUGUUGGUUUUUCUACUUGAAAUUCUGUUUCAUUUAUUAUAGUUUUCAGCUCAUUAGAAACAAUCGAUUGAGAGUUUUCGAUUCUCUUUUCGGUGCGUUUUCGAAAGAGUUCAAGACGCCGUGUGUGGUUUACAUUGAAGAAAUGAUCAUUCUCGAUUUUUCCUGUUCAGAUGUUCACGAGCCAUGCGUCUUUGCGGAUUGGCGAUGCAGCGCAUAUGAUCGAGUUGUGGUCGGCGGACUCGAAGAACGCCGUUAUUUUAACAGGUUUAUUUGAAAAUUGAAUGUUAAGUUCCAUUUGAACUCACUUAGAAAAAAUUCUUUUGAACCUCGAAAAUAUCUUUUUAAGCAAAUGUUUUCUUAAAAAUGUUUACUAUGUUUUUUUAAGAUUAGGAGUUUCAAUUGAAAUUGCCACGCCCACAUUAUCAUCUUGAUUUGCGAUUUCUAGCAUCAUUUUACCAUGAAUAUAACAAUCUAAAAGGAUAAAGAAACGGGGGAAAAAAAAUGUACAGAACCUUCUCAUCUUCUCCAGUUUUCUAAUGAAAGCUGGCAACUUUUGAGAAAAAUAAAAUGAAAAUUACCAAAAAAGAUGCUGAGGAGCCACUAGAAAAGCCGUUUUUCAAAGGAAAAGUUCGAAGGAACUUUAAUGAUUUUUUCAAGAUGCGUUGUUCCGAAAAAUUCCUAAUCAGCUCAUUUCUUCUCAAGGUUUAAGAAAAAGUACAGACUAUUUCACAAAGUUUUAUGUAGCUUAUCAAACUGUGGCUGUUUUAAGACACAGAGUUCUCCAUCGAGGCCUACAAACCGUUCGAAUUACUUGAAAUCCGUGUUUACAACUAUCCGAUCGAAACUCGACUGGAUUUCCAGAUGCUCAACGAAAAUAUUCUUCAAACAAUCGCCCCAAAAGUUUUUCGAACAACCUUUUUCUGUUUAAUUCUAUAUUUUUAGAUCCUUUUAGUUCCCUCGAGUUACAUGUUGCCCAUGAAGCCAAAUCGCAACGAUCUUAUGAUUCAAUAUGGUGGAAAAGUCAGUUAUGCUUUGAAAUGUUUGAUACCUCAAGACUUUUUUUUUCGGUACUGAAAAAUGUCUGAUUAAGGGCUCCGUAAUUGAAUGUAAGUUGGGCGAAUGUGUCACAGUUCCAGCGACAACCGUUCGCAAACGAAAAGUGAAAAUUCACCCGGAGGUUUUUGGCGUUUUUCGAAAAGAAAAUCUAAAAAAAGGUUUUCAGCUGAUGGCGACGAUGAAAAUGCGAGGCGCCGCUUCUUCUAACCGUGGAUAUUGUCAUUUGGCCGUGAAUUUGUCCGUUUUCGACGAUGAUUAUCAGCUGAUUGUUAGUUUUUUCUUGGAUCUUAGAACUUUUUCAGUUGAGUAGAUUAAAGAAUUCAAAAAAAGAAAAAAAAAUGUUGCAUAGAAAGUUUGAAAUGUACAAAAGUGUUUCCUAUAAUAUCAACAGCGAUGAUUUGCAUGAAAAUGUCAAGUUUGUAAGAAGCAAAGAAGAACCAAGAUCAUCAUGAAAGAAAACUGAGUAAAACUUUCGUGUUUUUUACAGCCACCAGUGAAAAAAUGGUCAGUUCGGCCGAAAUACACGGGCGAAAUCGACUCAGCGGCAAUUGUCUCUGCCUUGGCAAAGGUUCUUUCAUUUCUUUUCUGUCAUUUCAUAUAUUCAUCUUUUUUCCUGUAAUUUCAUCAUUAAAUUUGAAGAAAUCGUACACCGCUGUGUGUUCGAAUGUCGACGAUGAAGGAACGCGUGUGAUUCGAAUCGAGAAACUUGACGCGACCAUCACCAUUUCUGGCAGAGGGACCAGGACCAAAAUCCAGGUUUGAAAAGUUCUAAUCUCCGUCUUCGGCGCAAAAAUAAAAGAGAAAUGAAAACCCCUGAGUUUUUCUCAUUUACAGGCUUCGGGUGAAAACCGACCGUUGCUCUUGGACCUCAUUACUUCUGUUCUGAAGCCUCUGGGAGCUCUUUGA